AUGUCAUCAAUUGGUAAAAAUCCGGUAAUCGAUAUUAUCAAAAACGAGUUGAUUGAAAAAAAGAAUAAAAUAAUCAAUAUUGAUAAUGGUAAACAACUGGAUGAUAAUGAUAAACAAACUGAUAGUUCAAACUUUAAUAAUUUUAUAUAUAUAUUACUGUAUUCUAUCUGUAAUCCACCUUUGAACACAAUAAGACUGAUUGUGCAUUCUGAAUCCUGUUAUAAUACAAUUUACCAUUUAGCAGCAAGAUAUUUCUGGAAUCUGGAUUGA